AUGUCAAACAGAAAAAGGGUUUUGUUGGUCCUGCUGAUCUUUGCUGCAUGGGUAGCUGAAGGUCAUGAUCCUGCUCCUCCAGAAGUGCUUACAAAAUAUGGGAGGCUUCGAGGCCAGAGGGUCAAAGUCAGCGCUGCAGAAAGAGACGUGAAUGUUUUCCUUGGAAUUCCUUAUGCAAAGCCACCAGUUGGGGACUUGCGGUUUGCCCCACCAAUACAGGCUGAACCGUGGAGUGGUCAUAGAGAUGCAACAUCCUACCCAGCUAUGUGUCUGCAGGAUCCAGUGGUCGGACAAGCUCUGUCGGAUGCUUUUACUACCAGAACGGAAAAGGUCUCUUUGACUGUUUCUGAGGACUGCUUGUAUUUAAAUGUCUACACAGUGGCUAAUUCGGACACGAAACCAAAGUUACCGGUGAUGGUUUGGAUCCAUGGAGGAGGGUUAUUGUUGGGUGCGGCGUCCACAUAUGACGGGGCACUGUUGGCGGCUUCUGAAGAUGUGGUGGUUGUCACAAUUCAAUAUCGGUUGGGCAUCCUUGGUUUUUUCAGUUCUGGUGAUGCAAUAGCCCGUGGAAACUGGGGUCAUCUUGAUCAAGUGGCAGCUCUCCAGUGGGUUCAAGAGAACAUUGCAGAGUUUGGAGGUUAUCCAGGCUCAGUUACUAUAUUUGGCGAAUCUGCAGGUGGAUUCAGCACUUGUGCCCUGGUCGUCUCUCCGCUGGCAAAGGACUUGUUCCAUAAAGCCAUCUCUGAAAGCGGCGUCUGUCUCUUGGAUGGUCUCAUAGACCCCCAUCCCGAAAAUCUAGCUAAGAAAAUCGCAGAAUCUGCCGGCUGUAAGACAUCAAGCUCAAGCGAGAUGGUUCAUUGUCUCAGGGGGAAGACCGAAGAUGAAAUUUUGCAGGCUACUCUCAAGAUGGAUUUCACCAGAUUCCAUGUGGACAGAGAAGAAGAAAAACACACUUUGUUUUCCAAUGCAGUUGUCGAUGGUGUGUUUUUCCCCAAACCACCCAAGGAUCUCUUAGCAGCCAAAAAAACCAAUAAUGUACCCUACAUAAUUGGAGUCAAUAACCAUGAGUCUGGAUGGAUAAUUCCAAAUAUGCUGCAGUUUCCAGAUCUCACAAGGGGCCUAGACAAAGCAACAGUAAAUAAAAUGAUCCGCGGCUUAGAACAAUUCACGAAUGUUGACCCCAAACAUGCUCACAUCAUUGCUGAUGAAUAUCUGAAGGAUACUGAGGACCCCAUACAACUCCGGGACCAACUUCUUGAUAUGCUGGGAGAUGUGGUCUUCGUUGCUCCCAGCAUUCAAACAGCGAGGUACCACAGAGACGCAGGAUAUCCAACCUACGUGUAUGAAUUCCAGCAUCGGCCAAGUUUGCAUGGAGUUCUUAAGCCAGACUUCGUUAAAGCAGAUCAUGGUGAUGAAAUUGUCUUUGUCUUUGGGAGGCCCUUUUUAGGAGAUGAUUCUAAUGAAGAAGAGAGAAACCUUAGCAAAACAGUUAUGAAAUACUGGGCUAAUUUUGCUCGUACUGGGAACCCUAACGGUGAUGGUCUGCCGACCUGGCCCAAGUAUGACCAGAAGGAGCAAUACCUGGAAAUUGGCUUAAAGCAAAAGGUGGCGAAGAAGCUAAAAGAGGAGCAAGUUGCCUUCUGGACCAAGAUCUUGCCUGAAAAAAUAGCUCAAAGCAAAAGAACACGAGCAGAGUUAUAA